AUGAAAUAUCAACAUCAUCGAUCCAAGAGCCUAACAUGUUUACACUGCAUUGAACGGUUUCAAAGAAUGCCAGAAGGGGUCAGGAUACGCUAUACUAGACUCAACCAAGUGUGCCGGAAGGCCCUACAACAAUCGGUGACUAAAGUUCAAAGUUGGGACAAGCUGGCUUCUUGUUUUCCAACCUACACAGCUACAGAUGCUGGAGCGAGAAAUCUCAGUACAUGUCAAAAACAAGUGGUAGAAUUCUGGAUGGAGCUUUCCAAAAGAGAGUUCGAUGAGAUCUUCAGGGAGAGGGACAUCGAAAACAAACUGAACGAUCUGGACGACUUGAUUUCUAGUGCCAAAACGGUUCAAGAGGGCUUACAUGAAAAACAUCUCGAUCUGCCCUGUAUCGACGAAUUGACACCACAGCAGCUCAUGGAUGGAAACAUACAUGACUCACGAACAAAAUUUCUCGAGCAAUUGGAUAGCAGAGUUGCAAAAGUGUCCAGCCUGAACGAUCAUCUGGAGCAAGAUCUGCUAGACAUAAAAGCUAGCUUAGAAGAAGAGCAUAAAGAGCUAGAGGAUAUUUUGAGUAGAAAUAUGGGCCAUGAUCUGAAGAAGUCGGAGGAUAUGCUGCAGGAAGGUCUGCGUGACAUGCUCAUAGAGCUGCGAGAACAUCAAAGCUUGACAUAG